ACUACCCGAAAAUGUCGAACCCCGAGCCCCGCGUCGUCCCCAAACCGGGUUCACAAGCUCCACAAGCAAUCCAUUUCCAUCCAAUUAAUUGAUUCAGAAUCCACCACUCUUUGCUUUCAAUCUCCUCCUCUUCAGAGUUACUCUAAAUCUUCUCAAGUUGGGAGGUGAUAAUGGACAAUUCCAAAUCUGAGAACAUUUUGAAAGAUUUUUAUAUUCCAAAUUACAUACUUCUUCCAGAAUCAGAGGUUAGAACUGCUUCCCAUAUACCUUCCAGCCCUGUGUUAGUAUUCAUCAACUCCAAAAGUGGUGGUCAGCUAGGUGGGGAACUUCUUUGUACAUAUGGUGCACUUCUUAAUAAAAACCAGGUUUUUGAUUUGGACAAUGAGGCUCCUGAUAAGGUUCUACAUCAGUUUUAUUCCAAUCUAGAAAAGCUCAAGCACAGUGGAGAUAUUUUGGCCUCUGAAAUUCAGAACAGAUUGAAACUAAUAGUUGCAGGUGGGGAUGGUACAGCGAACUGGCUCCUUGGAGUAGUUUCUGAUCUCAAAUUACCUCAGCCACCGCCUAUUGCUACAGUGCCAUUGGGAACAGGAAACAACAUCCCAUUUUCAUUUGGAUGGGGAAAGAAAAAUCCUGGCUCAGAUCGUCAAUCUGUGGAGUCAUUCCUGGAUCAAGUGAGAACUGCAAGGGAAAUGAAGAUUGACAGUUGGUAUAUUACCUUGAGAAUGAGACCUCCUGAAGAAGGUUCUUAUGACCCAACUCUUGAGCUACCCCAUUCUUUGCAUGCAUCUCAGCAUGUCUACCCAACAAAAAAACUGAACAUGGAGGGAUGCUGCACAUUUCAGGGUGGCUUUUGGAACUAUUUCAGUUUGGGAAUGGAUGCUCGAGUAUCAUAUGCAUUUCAUUCCGAGCGAAAGUUACAUCCGGAAAAAUUUAAACACCAGUUAGUUAAUCAGAGCAUUUAUGCAAAGCUUGCAUGUAAAGAAGGAUCGUUUUGCACUUCUCUGCUUUAUCCUUCUUCAUGGAAUAUAGCAAAACUAACAAAGGUCAGAAUCAUGAAAAAACAAGGUCAAUGGGAAGACCUCCCAAUACCUUGCAGCAUCCGGUCGAUUAUUUGCCUCAAUUUGCCCAGUUUUUCUGGUGGACUCAAUCCCUGGGGGAUGCCAAGUAGGAAGGCCUUGCAUAAUAGGGAUUUCACUCCUCUAUUUGUAGAUGAUGGCAUUAUUGAGGUUGUUGGUUUUAGAGAUGCCUGGCAUGGACUUUGUUUGUAUGUUCCAAGGGGACAUGGAACUCGUCUCGCACAGGUAAAGGGAAUCCGUUUCGAGUUUCACAAUAGUGCAGCUAACCAUGUGUUCAUGAGAAUUGAUGGCGAACCAUGGAAACAGCCCCUCCCAGUGGAUGAUAACCCUGUGGUUGUAGAAAUCUCUCACCUUGGCCAAGUAACUGUGCUCGCCACUCCACAUUGCCGAUCCACAAGUAUCCCUGAGUCCUCUUCACUUGUCAGUCACCGGGACAUAGAAGAAGACAGUAGAGAGACAGAAGACUCAGACAUGCCAAGAAAGUUUGGUGCGGCUGAUAAAUUCAGAAUGUCCGACGACCACUUGAUGCCCUAAUAUUCCUGGUUUACAAUUCCUUUCUGCACUUAGCAUUCACCUUUUGUGUUCUAUGGUUACUGUACAGCCUUCGCCUCAGAAUCUUGUUAUGAUAAUUUCUGUCUGGAAACUCCGGAUAUCGAGUGGAUCCUCAACCAUUUUUCAUGCCUGUGUUUAUGGUGAUGGGAUCAUCAACACAGAAUCAUACACAGUAGUAUGAAGAUGUUCUAAGCACUGUCGAAAGCCCAGGAUUUUAAUAUAGAGAAGAAACGGAGACAGAUUGAGAUUCAGAUAUACCUUUACAGUUGUAGAAAUGUUGUUUGAUCAGGGCCUAGAAAGAACCCGGACGUUAGUGGUUUACUAAGGAGAAUUGUAUUCUUAUUAAAAAAAAUAAAAAUACGAGAUUGAAACUUUGUUACUAUGAUGAAAAAUUAAGCAAGCUUCAGGUUUGAGUA